AACUGUUUCCUUUGUUUUUCACUACCAAAAAACCAUUCGGUUCGUUGUUUCUUGUUUCUUAGUGUGUUUUUGAAAGACGUUUGAAUCUUUCAGGUUUUCUCUGACGUUAAAAGCUAGAAACAAUGUCUGAAAAGGUGGGAGCAAUAGGUGGUACCAAGGGAGGAGUAUUCGAUGAUGGCGUUUUUGAUGGAGUUAAGAAUAUAAUUGUUGGAAAAGAUUUUCGCACGGUAACAUAUAUCAAGAUCGAAUACGAAAAGGAUGGAAAAUAUGAAAUCCGUGAACACAGGACAAACCGUGGACAACUAGAAGAGUUUUCAGUAGAUUAUCCAAGUGAAUAUAUCAUAGCCAUUUGUGGAAGCUACGAUAAUAUUUUCGUUUAUGGAUCUACAUUGAUCAAAUCUUUACUCUUCAAAACCUCUUAUGGAAGAAUAUCUCCGAUACUUGGUCACACAACGUUAUUAGGAAAUCCAGCAGGGAAAGAAUUCAUGCUUGAAGGUAAAAAUGGAGGAAAACUUCUUGGGUUCCAUGGACGUUCUGGUCAAGCUCUUGAUGCCAUUGGAGCACACUUCACUGUAGUGGAUUCGUCUCUUAAGACAUUUAAACUUCAAGGUGGCAAUGGAGGGUUUGCUUGGGACGAUGGCGCUUUUGAUGGUGUUAGAAAAGUGCUCAUUGGACGAAAUGGUAAGAACGUGGGUUAUGUCAGGUUUGAGUAUGCGAAAGGCCAAAUAACGGUACCGCAUGCUCAUGGGAACAAACAAGAAGCUCCACAAGAGUUUCUGGUGGAUUAUCCUAAUGAACAUAUUACAUCAGUGGAGGGAACAAUCGAUGGUUACCUUACGUCGCUUACGUUUAAGACAUCGAAAGGAAGAACCUCCCCUGCUUUUGGGACUGUGGUCGGUAGCAAAUUUUUGUUCGAGGAAACAGGUUUAAAACUUGUUGGGUUUUAUGGUCGGUCUGGUAAUGUUAUUGAUGCUCUUGGUGCACAUUUUGCCCCUCUUCCCACCACUCCCGCUCCCGCUCCCAUUCCAGUUCCUGCUCCCACUCCCAUUGGAAGCACUGGCGGGACAGGAUCUCACACAGGAGGAAGCAGAUUGGACACAUGUUCAGAUGGAACCCAAAAGAUGGAAGCACAAGGAGGUAAGGGAGGCAAUCAAUGGGACGAUGGAUCAGAUCACGACGAUGUAACAAAGAUAUAUGUUGCAGCUGGUGGUUUAGGAAUUGAGAACAUUAAGUUCGAUUAUAUUAAAAGCGGAGAGAGAAAGGGAGGAAUUUUCCAUGGUGUGAAAGCUAGUAGAGCUAUCGUUUCUACGAUCGGGAUAGGCCAUCCCAAGGAGUAUCUCGUUUCCGUAGAGGGUUGGUAUGACUCUUCUAAUAUCAUUCAAGGAAUCAAGUUCCAAACCAACAACAAUACUUCUGUUUUCAUUGGAUAUGAAUUUUCUGGAGAUGGUACACAAUUUUCACUUCAAGUUAAAGACAAGAAGAUCAUCUGUUUCCAUGGUUUUGUCGGCUCUCAUCUCAAUUCUCUUGGAGCUUAUUUCGCUCCAACCUCAUCCUCUUCUUCCUCCUUGACUCCUACUCCCAACAAACUUGAAGCGCAAGGAGGAAAUGGUGGAGAAACAUUUGACGAUGGUGCUUUCGAUAAUGUAAGAAAGGUUUAUGUUGGUCAAGGCGAUUCCGGUGUUGCUUAUAUUAAGUUUGAAUACGAAACAAAUGGCAAAAGAGAAACACGCGAACAUGGAAAAAUAACAUUGCUAGGAACAGAAGAGUUUGAGGUUGAUUCGGAUGACUACAUCACAUCUGUUGAGUUUUACUAUGAGAAAGUCUUUGGCACACCAACUGAUAUCAUAACAUCUCUUAUUUUAAAAACAUUCAAAGGCAUUACCUCUCAGCCUUUUGGAAUGGUUUCCGGAAACAAAUCUAUACUCGAAGGAGGCAAAAUCGCUGGGUUUCAUGGACGAGCAAGCAAUGUUAUCCAUUCUUUAGGAGCAUAUAUAUCUCCCUCGAUGACAUCUUCUACUCCAGCAACUCCUAAGUCCUUUAAACUUCCAGCACAAGGCGGAAACGGAGGAGUUUCUUGGGACGAUGGUGCUCAUGAUCAUGUGAGAAAAGUUUACGUAGGACAAGGCGAUUCUGGUGUGGCCUUUUGAUAGACUCCUGGAAAGGAAUCUGCUCCCAAGAACACACUUGCAAGGUAUUGAAGAUGAUCGGAUGGAUUGAUGAUGAUCAAUGGAUCGAAGAUACAAUAGAUUGAUCAAAUGGAAGGUGAAGGGGUGGUUUAUGCAGCGGAUUGAAAGAGAUGGAAUGGUGAAAUGAUGCAGCGGAUGAAAAGGGGAUUGAAAUGAACUUCCAAGAGAGAUGGAAAUCUCUUAGACUUCAGGCUCGAAUCCAACUUAGAUAUUACACACUAAGAAGAAGACAAGUUGAGAAGAUAUUACACACUUCUCAGAUCAAACAAGUAGAAAAGAAGUUUUGAUUAAAAUGUUUGAUGAGUUACAAAUGAGAGAUACAUGGUGCUUAAAUAGAAAAGAGGGAACGAAGGAGAAGAGUCUAGAAGGAGAAGAGGUCGAGCACAUGCAAGAGUCCACACUCAUGCAAGCUCAUGCACAAAGUCUUGGAAAUUACAAAACAAUAAAUGCAAAGAGAUAGAAAGAAAAUGGGCCAAGGCUUUGUAAUGGACCUUGGACCACGACUUGGGCUGGCAAAGGGGCUUGAAAAUGUUACUUAGGUCUCAUUAAAAACCUUGUCAAGAAAACCCAAUGGGACAAAACUUGACCAAGGGAAAAAGAGCACGAAAGCAACAUUUUACCCUUUACCGAGCACCUUAAGCUGUGAGCAAUGUCAUAGUGGUUUGAGCCACGUCUUCUUGGUUCUUUUUCAGAUCCUUGAGUAGUCCUUGGAUGGCUUGGUUGAACCUCUUCACUUUGGACCUUUUUAGCGGACCCGCCGGAAUGAUCAAUGCCUCCUCCAGUACAAGCUGCUCCUUUGAUGCUUCCGCUGGUACAAGCUGCUCCUCCGGUGCUUCCUCUGGUCCAAGCUGCUCCUCCGGUGCUUCCUCUGGUUCAAGCUGCUCCUCAGGUUCGUGCUGUUUGGUUGAGCUGGCCAUGGUUUCAUCAUCCUCUCCCACUUGAAAAGGAUUUGACCUCAAAUCCGAAUUAUCUGCACAAUAAGGAAAAAGAUCAGAAACAUUGAAACUACCACUAACUUUGUACUUACCUUGGAGGUCGACUUGGUAGGCAUUGUUGUUUAUUCUUUUGAGCACAGUGAAUGGUCCAUCAAUCUUUGGCAUUAGUUUUGACUCCUUUUCAGCUGGAAAUUGUUUACUCCUCAAGUGUACCAUUAGUUGUUCGCCAACCUCAAAGAUCAUCCUAAAACAACCAUUGGAUUUAUGAUCAUGCAUCAAAAUAUCUCCAAUGCCGGUUCUCACAAAGAUUUUGGACGAAAGAACUGCUAAAUCUGGGGGCUCCUCUUUUGUACCUGCAAAGUUGUCAAUACCUUUGGCAAAGAUCAAGUGUGUCAUUAUAGUCAUGGAUUCACUAUAAACAUGAAAAUAUAUCCUAGCUUGGUACAAAACACUAUCCUUGUCAUGUUCAGAAUUUUCUUUGAAUAAACCUAACCCUUUCCCAUGAUUUUCUGAAUGUAACAAACUGAUAAUCAAAGCUCUAGCAUCAUGAGAAAAAAAUUGGGUUAAGGAAUUACUUAGCUGGAUAAUGCCUUGGGUAUGAUCAAUGCUCAUCAUGAUUAAUGGAAGUGGAUCUGGCGGUUCUUCUUGGAUCAGUAUGAAGCUGCUGACAUCUUGGUGCUCAUCUUGAUCCAAAUAAGGUGGCUUAAAUCUUUUGUCUCCACUUUCUUUUCGGUUUUGAUUAUGCGCUUCUUGACCACUCUAAAAUCUGUAUUUGGCUCUUUUGACAAAGACAAGCGAAUCAUAUCUGUGUGAUCUUGGAUAAAAGUAUCCUUGAUAAUAAAAAUACUUAUCUUAUGACAGUUUGGUAUGAGCACAAGUGUUGCAUCAGGUGGUUCAUCUUUGAGCGUUAAGUAAGCUUUCACUAUUUUUCCAUGCUCCGCAAGAUCUCCUACAUCAAAAGGAAAAAGUUUAGGUACAUAAGAAAAGUUUAAACAGAUAUUCAUGUAAUUGUUAUCAAAAUAGAGUUUUAGAUUGGAGCAUCCUUGGGCGAUCAAAGUUGUUUUCCGGAGAUACUUCCAGCUUCUAACUCCAAAAUGAUAAAUCAUCUGUUGGCAUAUAUCUGGUGGUUUCUCCUUUAUUUGAACAGAACAUGUUUCUUCUCCAAAGUACUUAUGCUUCUCCAUGUAACCUGUUCCUUUUGUUGUACUCAUGGGAUAGAACAAAUGCAUUAUACUUGAAAUAGAGAAAUCAAAAACAUGAUCUUUCACAGUUGGUUUGAAAAGCUCAUUGCACAGUUUACAAUCACACAACUUUUUUUCAAGCAAAUGUCUCAUGUCAGAAAAAGGUUUAACCAUUACAUGCUCAAAUUUUCUUUUAAAUGGUUCCAUUGCAAUGCUACACAAAGAAACUCUCAAAGAAGAGUUAAAGUCAAGAAACUUCUUAAACAAUAAACCUUUUGGCUUAAAGAACUUUUCAAAAGUAAAUGUUUCAAAACUUGGAAUCAUUUUGUUAAAAACAGAUUUUGAAACACAAAAUUCUUUCACAUUUUCUAAACCAAAACGUUUUUCAUCUUGAGCAGAAAUCAUCACAAAAUAAUUAGGAUCUGUCCUAACCAAAUCAAGUUCCUUACAGUGCUUUCUUGGGUAGUCACAAAGAUAUGGUAUAGGGACUGGGUUUGGCACCAUGUUGAUCUGCUCCGAAUCACUAAUCAAUGGCAAACUCAUUUGUUUUGUUUCUAGUGAUUCUUCUUCCUGAACCUGUAAAAAGGAAUUAAUUCUACUCGGUUGCUCCGGUACCAAAUGGGUUAGUUUUUCAAGCACAAAAUCAGAUUGAAUUAAAGAAAGAUCACACUUAGCUUGAGAUAGAGUCAUAGGUCCAGUUGGUAUAACAACAUCAUCCUCAGCAAUGAACUUUCUAUCAUUGGCUUCUUCUCCAAGCUGUUUCUCCUCGGUUCCGGAUUGAUCCUUUCUUUCAAACUCCUUAUUCUCCUUUUCUUGCUCUGCUUGCUUCCAUUGUCCUCAAUUAGAAUCUGUACCUAUCUCAACACUUUUGGGAAAAGACAAGUGCAUCAUACAAGAAUUGGAAUUUUCUAAACCUUGAUCAAUUAAUUCCUUGGAUUUUGAAAGUGUAGAAGACUUACAUUGCUUUGGUUCACCACAUGAUUCAAGCGAUGAAUUUUGACUUUGCUUGUGAAUGACAAUCUAUUCAUGUACCUUCUUUGGUUGAGAUGUUGACUUAGCUUUCAUCUUCUCAAUUUUAAUGUACUCAGUUAAUGCCUCAAAAAGAUCUGAUUGCGCCUUAGCCUCAACAGAUGUUGGGUUUCUCUUUUGGUCUGGGACUUUGACUGGUUUCUUUUCAGGAACUGCUUUGAUUGUGGCAUUGGUUAGUGGAGCACGGUGUAGUGCUUGUGGAGCAUACUUGUUCCUUAGAAGUUUCUUAAGAUCUCUCCACAAUGUGAUAUUCGGCUCCUUGUAAUACCAACGGUCAUCAACUUCUUGCAACAACCAUUUGUAAGCGUCUCCUGUGAGUUGGGUAACUGCAAAAGCUAAUCUCUCCUUUCCAGGUAUGUCCUUGUAGUAGAACCAAUCCUCCAUGUGUUUCUCCCAUUCAAGGUAAUCUCCUUUUCCUGCAAAUUUAUAGAGUUUAUAAGCUAAAGAGAUUUUAGAAUGAAUCACAGAUUUAGAUUUGAGAGUGUGAGAUGUUUUUUGUAAGCUGCUCCAGGUUGAUCUAGAUGUGUCAUCUGGUGGCUUGGGUUUAAGAUCUUGGUGUUGUCUUUGACGUAGAGCACCAAGCUUUUCGUCAAGCAUUGUUGCCAUAGCAGCUGUGAUUGAUUUCGUGAUUCUCCUUUCCAGGCUAGAGGUGGAUGACUCUUCUUCUUCCAACGUCACCAUGGUACCUGAAAAGACAGAAACAAAGAUCCACCAGUAAAUAGUUCUAAAGACACGUAAAUGAAAACAGAUCUGAGAAAAUUAUGAAAACGAAUCCAAAAAUUCUCAAAUCAAUUUUCAAAAAUACUAGACUCAAAGACGAUCCAAACGCAAUUGAUUUCGUAAUUUUUAAACGAGUAAAACAGUUUAUAAAACUCUUGUAAGAUGAAGCGACAUAUCUGAAAAUAAGAGAAAAGUGACGAUUGGAAUUCAAAACCUGAUUGCAGAGCGGUUGCUCUGAUACCACAUGAUAGACUCCUGGAAAGGAAUCUGCUCCCAAGAACACACUUGCAAGGUAUUGAAGAUGAUCGGAUGGAUUGAUGAUGAUCAAUGGAUCGAAGAUACAAUAGAUUGAUCAAAUGGAAGGUGAAGGGGUGGUUUAUGCAGCGGAUUGAAAGAGAUGGAAUGGUGAAAUGAUGCAGCGGAUGAAAAGGGGAUUGAAAUGAACUUCCAAGAGAGAUGGAAAUCUCUUAGACUUCAGGCUCGAAUCCAACUUAGAUAUUACACACUAAGAAGAAGACAAGUUGAGAAGAUAUUACACACUUCUCAGAUCAAACAAGUAGAAAAGAAGUUUUGAUUAAAAUGUUUGAUGAGUUACAAAUGAGAGAUACAUGGUGCUUAAAUAGAAAAGAGGGAACGAAGGAGAAGAGUCUAGAAGGAGAAGAGGUCGAGCACAUGCAAGAGUCCACACUCAUGCAAGCUCAUGCACAAAGUCUUGGAAAUUACAAAACAAUAAAUGCAAAGAGAUAGAAAGAAAAUGGGCCAAGGCUUUGUAAUGGACCUUGGACCACGACUUGGGCUGGCAAAGGGGCUUGAAAAUGUUACUUAGGCCUCAUUAAAAACCUUGUCAAGAAAACCGAAUGGGACAAAACUUGACCAAGGGAAAAAGAGCACGAAAGCAACAUUUUACCCUUUACCGAGCACCUUAAGCUGUGAGCAAUGUCAUAGUGGUUUGAGCCACGUCUUCUUGGUCCUUUUUUCAGCUCCUUGAGUAGUCCUUGGAUGGCUUGGUUGAACCUCUUCGCUUUGGACCUUGUUAGCGGACCCGCCGGAAUGAUCAAUGCCUCCUCCAAUACAAGUUGCUCCUUUGAUGCUCCUCCGGUACAAACUGCCUUGGAGUAAGAACAGGAGAAGAAUAAAUGAUCUUUGGUCUUUAGGGGCGCCAGACAGAAUACACAAGAUGAGGGAGUGCUAAGAUUCCAGCUCUGCAUUCUAUCACCAGUUGUUAACCGAUUCUUUGUUGCAAGCCAGGCUAUAAAGGAAAACUUAGGCGUGGCAUAGGUGAACUAGAUACCUCUAUACCAGUCCUGCUUUGGUUUUUGGUCCCGUAGAGUGUACCAAACAUCUUUUGUGGAGAAAUCUGCUCUGAAUUUGUUCCCCCUGCCUUCCAAAGGACCACAUCCUUUGUUUCUACAGGCCCCCUGCGCCGAAUAUCCUCAAGACAAUCUUCUAUUUGGAUGAGAUGAGUAGCUCGGUGUCGUCACCGUCGAUGAGACGAAAGCACCUGAGCCAGAGUGUCAUUAAUACCAAUACCCAUAUCAAUACAGCCUCUCUGUCCCGUGAUAGCAAAGAGCGGCCCUAGGGGAGACCAAUUGUCAUGCCAAAAAUAAAUACUCUGCCCGUUACACACUUCAUAUUUGACAAAAUCUGGGGCUAGGCAGCGAUAUUUUAGCAUUUUUUCCACAUCCAAGAGCGUGACACCGAGGACUCACUGAUCGACCAAAAUGAACUCUUGCGGAGCAAGUAAGUACGCAGCCAGGACACCCACAAAGAUUUAGAGGAAAAGAGUAGCCAAAUAAGUUUUAAGCAAGUGACCUUGUUUGCCAUGGUUAAUGAUCGUAUCCCUAAACCUCCUUCCUCCUUUGGGAGACAAAUAUCUUUCCAAGAAACCUUAGCCUUUCUUUGGACCAGACCAUAGAAAAGCACAACACAUGCCAUCAAUUUCCUUGAUACAGGCACUAGGGAGGCGGUAAGAAGACAUCCAAAAAUUAGUGAGCAUGUGAAUAACUGAACUGAUCAGCUGCAGCCUUCCGGCAAAAGAAAGGUGACGAGUAGUCCAGCUAGAAAAACGGCUUCAGAUACAGUCGAAUAGUGUUAUUAAAGAAAGAAAUAUGGAAUUUUAAUAAAGUAAUGUUAUUUAGUAUGAUUGUUGUACGUUGAAAUAGGUGGUUUGAUAUUGGUCAGUUUGUUCGCUACAAAAAAAGUUCGGAUCAUAUUCGUAAAACUAGCUAGUGAUAGUAAUCAUAGUCCGUGUGAACAUUAUUAUUAUGCUACUGUAAAUUGUGUUUAAACUAUAUGCAUUAUUAUUGUUAGGUGGAGCAAAAGUCAAAUGGACCUGGACCAAGAUGCUCGCACGCUAUAGCAAUGGUUGGAGACAAAAUGUACUCUUUUGGAGGAGAGUUAACGCCAAAUUUUCACAUCGAUCAACAUUUAUACGUCUUCGAUUUCAAGACUCACACAUGGUCACUUGCUCCUCCUAAUGGCGAUGUUCCAGACCUCCCUUGCUUAGGUGUUUGCAUGGUAGCCAUCGGCACUAACCUCUACGUCUUUGGUGGUCGCGAUGGCCACCGUAAUUACAGUGGUUUCUACUCUUACGACACAGUUAAAAGCGAGUGGAAAUUCAUAACUCACGUUGAUAAAGGACCAGCACCCCGUAGCUUCCAUGCAAUGGCUACUGAUGACAAGAAUGUCUAUUUCUUUGGUGGAGUGAGUACUACAGCACGGGUCAAUACACUUCAUGCUUAUAGCAUUGUUGAUCAAAAAUGAAUUCAGCUUCCGAAUCCUGGAGAGUUUUGCAAAGGGAGAGGAGGACCAGGGCUCGCAGUUGUGCAGGGAAAGAUUUGGGUUGUGUAUGGAUUUAACGGGGAUGAACUGGAUGAUGUUCAUUGCUAUGACCCUGUUGAAGGUAAGUGGACUAAAGUGGAAACAAGUGGUGAAAAGCCAUGGGGGAGGAGCGUAUUUUCGAUAGCAGUUUUGGGGAAAUAUAUUAUUAUAUCUGGAGGUGAGACUGAUAUGGACCCAAAGGCUCAUUUGGGGCCGGGGAAAUUGACCAGUGGGACUUUCGUGUUGAACACGGAAAAUUUGACGUGGGAGAAGCUGGAAGAAGGUCAUAGUCCCCGUGGAUGGUCCGCGUCCACGAGUGCCUGCAUUGAUGGAAAGAAAGGUUUGUUGAUGUAUGGAGGGAAGUCUCCAACCAAUGGUCGUUAUGAUGACGUCUUUUUCUAUGGAGUAGACUCUGCUUAAGACCGCUUAGUGUUGGUGAGUUUGUGAAUUGUGAGUUUUCGCAAGUAUGGUAUGUUGCAAUCAAAUUAAGGAGGGAUUUGGUUUGGAGACUCUUGCUUGGUUUGUCUACAUAUUGUCUGUGUUUUAGUUUGGAUUAUCUACAUUUUGUGUGUGUUUUAGUUUCCUUCCUCUUGAUUUCGUAAAAGAAGGUUCAUGCUUAUGGAUUUUUCACUCAAGUCUAAGUUUACUAUGCGUGGGGGUGUUUUAGUGUGAGUGCUUUAUGCGUGUUUUAGUGUGAGUGCUUUAUGCGAACAUGUGAUUUUCUGCCCUCAUGGUGUCUUGUCACUUGUUGAUUGUAGUAAAGAAUAUCUAUCUUUUAUAUCUCUUUUAUUUUGAAAAAAACUUUCAAAAUAAAA